ACAGGACGGCUGAAACGCGCGCUAGGACACCGCGAUCAAACCAUCCUGAAAACAAACGACACGUGACCGAGUACCGUCAACAGUGCACAUGUGUGCGGCACCGGCCCCCCGUCACACGUCCAAGGCCAGGAUACUAUCGCUAUAGUGCUAGUGGUACUAGUGUUUACAAGUGUCAAAACCGGCUCUCGCCAUGUGCGCGCCCUGUGUUUUUGCCACCUAGUAGGAGAAAAUGUCUAUUGAACUUGCCACCACGUCGACCUGUCAUUCAGAGGAGAAUUUAUACGUAUGUUACUCUAUAAGGGCGUCCGGGUGGCGAACAUGUGAUGCGCCGCGAUGCCCACACUGUCCGCGGCGACUGAGCUGAGUCCCGGCGGCCGCAAUUCGCGGCAGAAACAGCAGCAGCAGCAGCAGCAGCAGCAGCAAGAAGAGCCAAGAAUGAGCCCCGAGCAAGAGGCGAGUCCGCCACCAGCAGCGCCCGGCGCGUCGCCGCCCCCGCCACCCCCGACUCGCCUGCCCUCGCCCGCGAUGUCCCACCAGGACACCUCGGACGUGGAGCAGUUCUCGGGCAAGAUCGUGUACAACCCCGACGGGUCCGCGUACAUCAUCGAGGACUCGGAGAGCGACGGCGAGUGCCACAACACCCCCGUACCGGAGAUCGUGCCGCCGCUCCAGGCCGUGUACGUGUCGCGGCUGCUGCGGCAGGCGGCCCGGCCCGCCGAACUGCCCGCCGUCCACAGCUACCGCGUGGUGGCGCUGAGGGACGCCCGGCCGCCGCGGCCCGCGUCGGUGCCCGUCAAGCCCAUCCUCAUGUGCUUCGUCUGCAAGUUGAGCUUCGGCUUCGCGCGCUCCUUCGCCAACCACGCGCAGGCCGAGCACGGCGUCGCGCUCAAGGAGAACGAGAGGGAAGUGCUGGCCGCGGACUGCUCGGCCAUCCUGCAGUGCGUCGGGGCCGACAAGCGGCCGAUGGUGUCGCUGCUGGAGCCGCUGGGCCCGCCACCGGAUAGCCACCAGAGUCAGCAGGCGGCGGCGGCGGCGCAGAGUAGGCAGGAGGGGCCCUCGCCGCACCCGGAGACGCCGCCGUGCUCGUCGUCGCGGAACACGCCGGGCAAGUCGCCGUCGCCGCCCUUCGCGCCGCCGCCCGCCUUCAUGACGGGCACGACGAUAGGCGUGUGCCCGGAGCACCUGCAGGGGCGGCCCUCGGGGGUGGAGUGCGCGAGGUGCGAGAUGAUCCUCGCCUCAGGCCGGCUGGGGCCGGCCGGCCUCGCCAACGUCCACAGCAGGAACUCGUGCAAGACGCUCAAAUGCCCCAAGUGCAACUGGCACUACAAAUACCAGGAGACGCUCGAGAUACACAUGAAGGAGAAGCAUCCGGAGGCGGAAACGAGUUGCAUUUACUGCAUAGCCGGGCAACCGCACCCCCGGUUAGCCAGGGGAGAGACGUACACGUGCGGAUACAAACCGUACCGGUGCGAAGUCUGCAACUACUCGACCACGACCAAAGGCAACCUCAGCAUACACAUGCAGUCCGAUAAGCACCUCAACAACAUGCAGGAGCUCCAGAACGGGGGCGCCCCCAAUUCCGAGUCCCGACAGUCGUCCCCGAAGGCGCCUCCCCUGCACCACUCCCCCGUCAGCAGCGGCCACAAACCCAAACCCAGUUUCCGUUGCGACGUCUGCAACUACGAGACGAACGUGGCGCGGAACCUCAGGAUCCACAUGACCUCUGAAAAGCACACCCACAACAUGCUCGUCCUCCAACAGAACGUCAAACACAUGCAGACGCUGUCGGCGCUCCACCACCAGCACCCGCCCCAACAGCACAUGGAGAGCCUCUACGGCAUGUACCCCGGUUUAGGGGAGAAGCCGGAGGCGGCGCUCGCCGACAUGGCCUACAACCAGGCGCUCCUCAUCCAGAUGAUGACCGGGGGCCAGCUGCCGGGCCCCGACAUGUCCGCGCACUCCGACCUCGGCCUCAACCCGGAGACCAUGGAGCCGCCGCCGGAGCCCGCCGACCCCGACCCCGACCGCACAUACCAGUGCUGCGUGUGCAACAUCUUCAGCAGCGACAGCCUCGAGGAGCUCGGCCGGCACCUGGGCCAGGACCGGACGCGGCUCCGGGAGCAGGAGAUCCUCGCCGUCGUCGCCGGCCACUACGUGUGCAAGCUGUGCACGUACAAGACCAACCUCAAAGCCAACUUCCAGCUGCACUGCAAGACUGACAAGCACCUCCAGAGACUGCAGCACGUCAACCACGUCAAGGAGGGCGGGCCGCGGAACGAGUGGAAGCUCAAGUACGCGUCGGCGCCAGGCGGCGUGCAGAUCAGGUGCAACGCGUGCGACUACUACACGAAUUCGGCGCACAAGCUGCAGCUGCACGCCGCCGCCGGCCGCCACGACGCCGGCGUCGCGCUCCUCAAGCACCUGGUGGAGCGCUGCGCCGCCCUCAGGCAAGACCAACCCAGAGUGUUCCAUUGUUCCUUGUGCGGGUUCUCCGCGACCAACAGGCUGCCGCUGCUGCAGCACGUGCGAUCGCUCAAGCACCUCCACAUGGAGCAGCUGCACCAGCUCCAGAGGAGGGCGGAGGGGAAGGAGAACUCCCCGGAGAUAGGAGAGGUGUUCCACGUCGUUCCGGGACCGAUCGACCAACAAACUACGCCAGAGCGUCGCGACAGCGUAAACUCCGAACUGAGCCAGAUCGAGUCCAGCCGCGGCGACCCCGUGAAAACCGAACCUCGCGAAGACAACGAAGAACUCCCCACGUCCGAAUCCUCCCCCCAGCACGUGUGUCCGUACUGCGAGUACAGCAGCGACUCGGAGAUGCGCAUCCAAGCCCACGUCCUCGCCCAACACGGCACCAGCGCUUCCACGGAGCAGCAGAUGUUCCAGUGCCCCCUCUGCCAAGACUCGUUCAAGGACCGCUCCAGCCUCGAGCGGCACGUCAUGCAGAUCCACUCCGUGAACAGCGAGGGCCUCCAGCGACUGCUCAUGCUCGUGGACCAGAGCCACUGGCUGAACCAGUCGUCGCGGACGCCCACCCCCAACAACCCCAACAGCAGCCAGAUCGUGUCCCCCACGUCGGUGUCUUCCAAGGACUCCGCCAAGCAGGAGAAGGGCGAGGAGGGGGAGCGCGAGCUGAUGUCGCCGUCGACGGAGGACGGCGGCGAGCUGGAGGCCGAGCGGUGCCUCACGUGUCUGAAGACGUUCAAGAACAUCGACGAGCUGUGUUUCCACCAGAACGAGACGGGGCACCUGGAGAUCAAGCAGACGCCGAGCGGGCCGGGGUAUUUGUGCUGGAAGAAGGGGUGCAAUCAGUUUUUUCCGACCGCGAACGCGCUCCAGAUGCACUUCAAGGACUCGCACGCGAGGAACUCCAUCACCAACAUGUCGGUUUCGGAAAAGCACGUGUACAAAUACAGGUGUAACCAGUGCUCGCUGGCGUUCAAGACGCUGGAGAAGCUGCAGCUUCAUUCGCAGUACCAUUUGAUCAGGGAUGCCACCAAGUGCGUCCUGUGCGGGAGGAGCUUCAGGUCGCUGGUGGCGCUGCACAAGCACGUGGAGAGCGUGCACUCGGAGCUGACGGACGAGGAGUUGACCGCGUACAAGCAGAGUUUGAUGAACAAUCCGCUGCUGCUGGCCGGGCUGCAGGGCCAAGUGCUCGACAGCUCGACCAACGACAUCCUGAAGAAAGAGUCGAUGGCAGGGGAGGAAGAGGCGGCGGAUUGCGACGACAGCAAAGAGUUGAACACGAGUCACGACGAUAGCGUCCAGAACGACGGGGAGAAUUCCGACGACAGCAUCAUAUACAAAGAUCAACAGUUCCUAGAAGAUUACCUGAACAGUCAAGCGAUCGCGGAGGAUAGCUACAACGAUCCGAACCGAAAAUACAAGUGCCACCGUUGCAAAGUGGCGUUCACGAGACAGAGUUAUCUCACGGCUCACAACAAGACCCUUUUGCAUCGAAAGGGCGAAAAACUGAGCUAUCCGAUGGAAAAGUACCUGGAUCCAAAUAGGCCUUACAAGUGCGACGUCUGCAAAGAAAGUUUCACGCAAAAAAAUAUACUCCUAGUCCAUUACAAUUCGGUAAGUCACUUACAUAAGUUGAAGAGGGCGAUGCAAGAGCAACAGAACAACAACAAUAAUCCGGCGGUGUCUCCCGUUAUCGGGAAUCAAGCGCAGAACCUGACGUUGACGCCGAAGAGCACCUCGAGCGAAGAAGACGACAAGAAGAGGUACCGCUGCAACAUCUGCAAGGUGGCGUACACGCAAGGCAGCACCCUCGAUAUUCACAUGCGGAGCGUUCUGCACCAGACCAGGGCGAGUAAACUGCAGGAUCUGGCGAUGGCCGGACAGAUAGAUCUGUCGAAGCCGCUGAUUGAGCAGCCUGAUGCCCUGCAGUCUCCGAAACAAAGCAGCCCCAUCCCCGGUGGUGGGGAGAAGACGUCUCCCACCCCUCCGUCACCUGGCACAGGUAGCCAAGGGAUGAUGAGUUGUCCCAAGUGCGGCGCCCUUUUCGGUUCGCAAGAGCAGUUGAGUGCACACCAGCAGCUGUACUGCAUGUUCGCGGCGCCGAUGGCCAUCUUUCAAUCGGCGCAAGAGCCGGGCCAGGCCAAGAGUCCGCCUCCUGGUGAACAAGACGACGCCGUCGUCCGACUGAACAUGCCCAAGAAAACGGGCUCGCACAUGUACAAACACUUGUUGGAGAGCUUCGGCUUCGAUCUGGUGAUGCAAUAUAACGAGAGCCACCAGCGGCGACAGCGCCAAGAGGAGAAGGCCCGGACGCCGCCCCCGGAGCAGCCCGAGGCCAAAGCAGAGGACGACGCAGAAAGCACCUUACCAGAAGUAAGUAGAUCCACGUGCCAACAUUGCAAUAAAGAGUUCUCUAGCGUGUGGGUGUUAAAGUCACACUGUGAAGAAGUACACAAAGAUUUAGUGCCACUAGAAUUCUUAGAACAGUAUGCCCAACAGUUCAAGAACGAAUACGAAAAGAAAACGGUGGUCGUGACGGCGGCGACGUCUUCCACGAUAAACAGCCAUCCUCGGGUAGCGACGCCCGGAGCGCCCACCACCACGACGUCGACGAGUCCGGGCGCCGACGCCACACCCGAAAAGGACGACGAGUCCAAAGACGCGUUGCACGCCAAGCUCAACCUGCAGACGCCACCGGAGGCGGCGUCCACGGCGCCGUCGACGCCGACCUCGUCGACGACGCCGGCCAGCAGCACCGACUCGCUGCCGGCGAACAUACAGGCGAUGAUCGCGCAGAGCAUGCAGAAUCCGAUGGCUCUGGCGCAACAGAUGACCGAAAUGCAAGCGGCGCUCAACGUGAUGCAACUGCAACAGCUAAAUUUCAAUCCGAUGAUGCAGAUGAUGGGCAUGGGGCUGCCUCUGGGCCUGAACGCCCUGGCCGCGAUGAACCUCCAGCCGCCCCUCGUGCCGCUGAUGAUGCCGCCGCCUCCCUACGAUCCGAUGGCGCAGUUCGGGCCCCAGGACCAGCAGGCGAUGAUGGCCAAGCAGCAGGCGAUGAUGCAGCAACAAGCGGCCGUUAACGCUGCUGCGAAUCAGAAGCGCGCAAGAACGCGCAUCACCGACGAUCAGUUGAAAAUUUUGCGUGCGCACUUCGACAUAAACAACUCUCCAUCGGAAGAGCAGAUCCACGAGAUGGCAUCGCAGAGCGGUCUUCCACCCAAAGUCAUAAAGCAUUGGUUCAGGAACACACUGUUCAAAGAGAGACAACGAAACAAAGAUAGUCCAUAUAACUUCAACAACCCGCCUUCGACGACGCUCAACCUAGAAGAGUACGAAAAAACCGGUGAAGCCAAAGUCAUGCCCCUGAACAGCUCGGGCAGCAGCACCGAGGAGAUCAAACAACCGAAGAGCGACGCGACGCCCCCUCAAGAAAUCAAGACAGAGAUGAAGGAAGAGCCGGUGGAAGACGCGGCGAAAUUCGACGAGAGCAAAAACUGCGAACCGACGGAAGAGAAACCCAACAUUUUUAACCUAUCCUCAAAUCUCCAGCCCCCGCAAAGUCCCGCGACGUCGGUCGCGAGCUCAGACAAUCUCAACCUGUCGCAGGCCUCCGCUCCCACCACUCCCAAUAGUCUCACCCUCACGUCGAUCAUCGUGUCGCAGCUAGGCGACACCCUCACCACCAGCACUUCUGCCCUCAACAUGUCGACCUCCUCGACGCACCACGGCUUGUCCAGUCCGAUGCUGCCGCCCCCCAAACUCAACCAGCAGAAUUUUCCCAACCCAAAUAACCUCCAAGCGAUGCUGCCGCUCACCCCCAACCGGUGUCUCAGUCCGAACCGCGACUACAACAGUUCAAGCAGCCAAGGUUCGUGCGGUACCACCGGCAAAAGAGCGAACCGAACGAGGUUCACUGAUUACCAGAUAAAAGUUUUGCAAGAAUUCUUCGAAAAUAACGCUUAUCCCAAAGACGACGAUCUCGAAUAUCUAUCGAAAUUGUUGAAUCUCAGCCCGAGAGUGAUUGUGGUUUGGUUUCAGAACGCUAGACAGAAAGCGCGGAAAGUCUACGAGAACCAACCCGCCGCAGAACCGGCGCCUGGCAUCAGCGACGAGAGCGGCGCCAACAGAUUUCAAAGAACCCCGGGACUCAACUACCAGUGCAAAAAGUGCCUCUUGGUCUUCCAGAGGUACUACGAACUGAUCCGCCACCAAAAGACGCACUGCUUCAAAGAGGAAGAUGCUAAGCGGUCGGCGCAAGCGCAGGCGGCGGCGGCGCAAAUCGCCGCUGUCCUCAGCUCGGAAGACUCCAACUCCAGCACGACGGUCGAACAGUCGCAGCAACAACAACAGCAACAGAACAGCGUCCAGCACAGCCCGCAGCUGCAGAACGCCGCCCAGAGCCCGAUCCAGCCCAACCUUUCGACGACGCCGACCCCCACGGCCGGAAAUUUUCCCUCUUCUCCCUCCUCCGGUGAUAAUAAAGAAGGCACGUUUCAGUGCGACAAGUGCAAUCUAGUUUUUCCGAGGUUCGACUUGUGGAGGGAGCAUCAGUUAGUUCACAUCAUGAACCCGAAUUUAUUUCCGACAUAUCCGCCGGAUUCCCCUUUCGGGAUCUUGCAGCAGCACGCCCAACUCCAGCAGCUGAACGCGAACCUGGGGGACAUGACGAAGAACUCCUCGCAGAACAUGCAGCACCCGCUCAUGAACAUGCUGAAUAACGUGGCGGGGCAAAAGCGGAAGCUCGAGGAGUUCGAGGUGGAGAGCGACACGUCCGAUCAACCCAAAGACAAGAGGUUGAGGACGACGAUUUUGCCAGAGCAGUUGGACUACCUGUACCAGAAGUACCAGAUCGAGAGCAACCCUUCGAGGAAAAUGUUGGAGAACAUUGCAAGAGAAGUGGGGUUAAAAAAAAGAGUGGUACAGGUGUGGUUUCAGAACACUAGGGCUAGAGAGCGGAAAGGGCAGUUUCGUGCCCACGCACAAGUAAUCAACAAGAGGUGUCCCUUUUGUCCCGCUCUGUUUAAAGUUAAGUCAGCUUUAGAAUCUCAUUUGACGACGAAGCACGCGGCGAGGGGCGAAGUUAACAUCGACGCCCUUCCCGACGAAGAAGUCAGUUUAGAAUCUUCGCCUAGUCUUAGUUCGGGGGGCGACAACAAGUUUCAACAGAACCCAAACAUGAUGCCUCCGAUGUUUCCGACUUUGCAUCCAGAGAUGGAGAAUUCGAUCAAAAAAUAUUACGAAGAGAGCAUGAAAAGAUACAUCAGCGAGUUGCAAGCUCACGCUUCGUCCUCCAACGGCGACAAGAGCGAGAUAAAGUCGGGGAAAGAGGAAGGGGAGAUCCCUUUAGACUUGUCGAAGCCUGUCGAUUUGUCCCGCCCGAUGAAAGUCUCGAUGGACCACGAGCGCAGCAUCUGCGAUCCUGGUCCUUUGACAGAUCUGAGCGAGCGAUCGCUUUGUGACGAACGAAGCGACUCCAUGUCGGAAACGACGGAGAUGUACGACGAUGAGAGUAACCCGACUUCGCCGGCCAGCAGCACCCAGAGUAAUACGCAGAAGUUGUCCAACAACACGGGCGGUUCCGCUUCCAAACGGUUUCGCACCCAGAUGUCCUCCAUCCAGGUCAAGGUGAUGAAGUCGCUCUUCUCCGACUACAAGACCCCCACGAUGGCCGAGUGCGAGAUGCUCGGUCGCGAAAUCGGCCUGCCGAAACGCGUGGUGCAAGUGUGGUUUCAAAACGCCCGAGCUAAAGAGAAGAAGAGCAAGAUCGCGCUUCAGAAGGUCCUGGGGGCGCCCGACAACGACAACCCCGUGCUGCCGGAAGACUGCAAGUUCUGCAACUUCAAGUAUUCGCACAAGUACUCCAUCCAAGACCACAUCUUCACCAAGAGCCACAUCGCCAACGUGCGGCUGCACCUGGAGAACGCGAGCAAAGAGAACGACACCAGCGAGUUCACGGUGCCGCCGCUGCCGGGGGCCUCCGCCGGCGUGAGCGCCGACUCCACGACCAACCCGCCGCAGAACCUCAACAACAACACCCACCUCCAGCUCCUGCAGAUGGCCGGGAUGCAGGUGCCUCCCGCGAAGGGCGAGCAGGAAGAGAACAACGAGACGCUGUUCCAGCAGCUGUACGCGCUGGGCAACAACGCCAACUACGGGGUCCAGAACCAGUACGUGCACCACUCCAUGUUCGGCGCCAACGGGGGAGCCGGAGGACUGCUUCUAGAAACGGGUUCGGGCUUGUCGUUCCUGCCGCUGCCCGCCCCGAUCCUGGAGCAGGUGGCGGCGCCGAACUCCGACCCCGGCGUGACGUCCCUGAAGCUGCCCGAUCCGCACCCCCACCAGAAGCCGUCCGAGCCGUCCGUCCGCGAGACGGACCUGGAGGUGUGCUUCGUGUGCAAGAAGUGCCGCCUCGCGUUCCCCGGCGAGUCGCCGCUCCUCGUCCACCAGCGUCAGUGCUACGGCGGCAACCAGGAGGGUCGGGGGGCGUUCCGCAUCGUGCAGACCGGGUACGAGUGCCGGUCGUGCGGCGGCGAGCGCUUCAAGAGCGCGCCGGAGCUGCGGCGGCACUGCGAGGGCGAGGCGCACCUGAAGAGCGCCGCCAAGCUGCCGCCCCCGGCCGAGUCGCCGCUCAGCCACGAGAUGGAGGACGUGGUGAACCAGAUCACGCUGUUGGCGGCGCGGGCCGCGCAGGAGGCGGCGCCCGAGCGCGGCGGCCUCGACUCCAACUCCAACACCUUCGCCGAGCGCAAGGGGCGGUUUCUGCCGCCCCCGGACGUCGCGCAGCCCCUCACCAGCGCCGGCCACUAAUAGGAACAGGACAAUGAAACCAGAACUCCAACUACCAACCUAACGUAAUAAGCAAUUUUUCGAGAAUGAUUCAUAUUAUAUAUUUACAGCUGAUUCUAUAUUUUUGAACGUUAUCAUGGAUAUGUUAUGUUUUAUCGUAGAUGUGUCAGUGUAGUUGUGUAUAUGUUGUAUAGUCGAGUAGGUCCGAUGAUUCCUAUUGCAACGUAUAGUUACUAUGAGUUGUGCGCGCGAUCCUAGCUGCGGUCACGUGUCCGAUUUUUCAAGGUCGCCGCGGCCAGAACCGCAGCGGCCGAGACGAUGCGCUCCCGUCAGCAGGGCCAGAGUUCCUCACUUUCUGUGUAUAUCAAACUGCGACAUACAAUGUUCCUAUAUCGAGAUGUAGAUAAACUGCAUGCGGCGCCCAGGAGGGUCCACGGGCUCCUGGUAGCCCAGUAAAACAAGUUCCUAUCGGCCACGUUCUUACAGUUCCUCAAACGACUCGCAACGGACGUGGCCGCUUUUUUAUUCAUUAUUAUUAUUAAAACGAUAAAUUAUUACAAAAAAAACUUUUAUUAUUAUUGACACUAAUUAUUAAAAAGUUGAUAAGGCAAAUGCUGUAUUUAUCAUAUAUAUGUAUAUGUAACUAUAUCAGCUGGUAAGAGAACACGGACGCCCGCUUUCAUGGUCUCACCCAAAUCCACCCUCGUGCCAGCAGUGAAAUUGGUUCCUACUAAUUACUAAUAAUCGAUACGGUGUUUAAGUAAUAAUAGUUAUUAUGUUUUAAAAAAAAAGUUGGUUUUCACCGGCAUUGUACGUAUAUAUAGUAGUAGAUAUAUAUUUAAAAUUUUAAAUAUAUUCUAGGUUACGUAUCCAAAAUAACUCAAAACUGGGAAAUACUUCGGUAUGACCUGCCUCGCAUAUAGUGAGUUUCUUUGGAACUAAGUGUGAUUGUUGAUAUAGCGCGGAGCUUCGGGUCGUCUCGCGCUCGACCCGAUCCCGCCCGACUAACCCCCUCCCGCCCCCUUCCCGCCGUCGAGCGCCGAGCCGGCCCGAGGGCCUCAACUAGCAAUGCUAAGUGAAUGUGACACGUGGGCCCGCCCACUCUGACGUAUUACACGAUUAUUAUUACUAUUCAUAUUAUAUUAUUAUUAUUAUUGCUAUGUAUAGAGCAGUCAGUGUGUAUUUAUUGAAUUUGUUUGAGUACUGCUGGACUCGGUCCGCAACGUGGUUCCUAAUAUAUUUCAUAUCGUGAAGCAGAUGUUGACUUUUAUACAUUUUCCACUUUUUCUUCUUUUGUACGAUGAGCUCUCUAAGUUCGGACAAUACUCGCUCUCAUACAUAACGCUUCACCUGUUUACAAAGAUGCAUUUCCUCCCCACUCCACCCCCACCCCACUAACACGCAUGCUCACCCCCCACCCUUGCACGGCCAAAUUAUGAAUUUGUUUUACUGGUCCCACGUUAUGUUAUUUUUUUUUGUGUGUAUAUAUAUAUAUAUAUUUUAACGCCCUUAGGACCCUCGUUUUAUUUUAUUUUGUUAUUUAUUGUUUUCGUCCUGCGUGCAGUCGUCUCGUCCCAGUGCCCCCCACAAUCGGCGCUUGUGCGUAUUUUUAUCGUUGAUUUUGUCAGAUCUAGCCGAUCUUUUUGUAUAGCCAGUAUGUAUCAUAAGGACAUAUCCGUUGCAUCUUUGUAAAUAUCACCCGUGCUGAUGUAGAUCUAAGUGUUGACUCUGUAUAAAUUAUUUUAAGAUUAGCUUUUAUUUUAGAUGAUGUUUUUAUUUACGUUCGCCGCGUAAGACUUGACAAACAGUGAUUUAGGUUAAGUUUUACAUAACUCUGCAUAGAAAACUAAUUUAUUUUUCUCUCAUUUUGUGAUGUAAAUAUAUUUUUUUUAUUUAAGUUUAGUUUUAAACAUUUGCGACUGCGUAUGUGUGAGAGAGUGACGCUCUGUUCGCGAGGCGGAUGCCGCUUCGCCGCUAUGCUGCUACCAACUAAAUACUGUUUUAUUUAAAAAAAUGAAAAAUAAAAAUUAUUUGUUCAUAUUGUUACAAAUGCUCUGAUUUUUUAUACAGUUUCAUAUUGUGAGCUGACAAAAUAAUGUGGAUUGUUUCUUUCCGUUUUUACAAAUCUCGUUUCCACACUCUGUCUCGAUCGAACAACCAAAACUACAAUAAACAAAGAUUCCGUUAUUUUUUCAGACAAAACUGACAAUGAAUAUUAAUAAUAAUAAUUACUAGGUAAAUGUUUGUAUCCUACGGCUUAAGCCGCUCUCAAUUUGUGAGUGUAUAUGAAAGUCAAAAUAAACUACAUAGUUUAUCAUAAA